AGAUUUCGAAACACGAAGGAAGCAGUAAGAAGGCAAUUAGUGCUAUUGACGUGAUUUUCUGGAAUCGCGCUUCACAUGCCACAAGCAGCUGUUGCACUUGAAUUCCGACCCGAAAAGUCACCAUGAGCGAACGCAAGAAAACAGUUAGACUAUUCACAGACUCACAGCGGGAAAUAACCUGUAACAUGAAUAUGUUACUAGUCUAUGUUACCACUUCCACAGUGGAUAGUAACAUAUGUGUUGUGCCAUGCAUCACUUCAUUUAUUAUGUUGUAGACUCAUCUUUUCUUGAUAUGUGUAAUGUUUACAGUGCCUACCUAUGUUACCACAUGCCUCUUUUUCUUUAUUAAUUAAAUGCCACAUCAUCUAUUUUGCCUACAUAAAUAUGAUGUUACCACUUAUGUUACUCCCACCAUGGGUAGUCUUAGUUGUUAUUACGUUCAAAACCUCUUGUCCAUCUUCAAUCUUUACUGUUCUAAUGUCCCCUUAAUAAUCUGGAUGAGAGUGCUCCUACAGCGUGAUAUGAAAAACAUGGGCUACGCUAUUGGGCAACAUGAAUAAUAUUCUGUGGAGUAGUUGAGAAGUCGGCAUGCAAGGUCUCAUACGUAGUACAACUAUCGUCGCACAUCUACUAUUGCAGAAUUCUUUUAUCCGGAUGCCCCGUUAGCCUAUGACGUUGCAUAUUCCUCGGAUGGUAUGAAUGUUGUUAUGGAAGAUUCGGUGUGCAGAGAAACGUUCUUUGAGAUUAGGUCGAAGGACAAGGCGCAGUUGACGCUUGGACAGUUGAAGACUUUUCGAAAAUAUUUAGAAGCACUAGUACAACACUACAGAGUACAUCAUGUGCCUUGUAUAAAUAUCUCACCCCCUUACGGUUGCAUCCUGGUCUCAUGAAGGUAAACUACGCUACCAGCAACAACAUGAGUUUGCGGUCUCAUCUCAAGCGCCUCAACUUGUUGUACAAUCGCACUGCCUACAACCUCGUCCUUCCAAUUGUUACCACAACCACACUCGGAGCUAGCGCCCUAAAAAAAGUUGCACCAUGGCUUACCGCUGCGCUCGGCAUUGUGCCCCAACCUAGUGUUAUUUGUCCUAUCCAUAUACUCUUUGUCGUUGUUCUACUGAUCAUCAUGGCUACCGUCUACCUUUCACUCCAUCGUAGAGCUGUAUACCUUGUUGACUAUGCUUGCUUUCGGCCAAGCUCCAACUUAAGAUUAACAAAGGCAACAUUCCUCGAGCAUGCGCGUCUCUCACCUUUGUUCGAUGAUUCUACAGUUAACUUCAUUGCUACUAUUCUUGAGCGCUCGGGCAUGAGCGAUCAUACAUGUGCCCCACCUGUGCAUCAUUAUAUACAUCCGUAUUGUGGGCUUGAUGAAGCACGCGCCGAAGUAGAGUUGGUCGUCUUCUCUAUCAUCGAUGACCUUAUGGCUAAGACACACAUCAACUGCGGUGCGAUUGGUGCUCUUAUCACGAACUGCGGUGCAUUUAGCCCGGUACCAUCCAUGGCUGACAUGAUUGUGAACAGAUACAAGUUGCGAGGUGAUCUUCGUGUCAUCAACCUCUCUGGGAUGGCGUGCUCUGCAGCGGUGACCUCAGUGGGGCUCGCAAGCAACAUGUUGCAGGUCAUGCCUUGGGGGUCGCAUGUGUUGGUGGUGUCGACGGAGACCAUUGGGCCAUCUUACUAUGGAGGAAAUAAGCGCUCCAUGCAGUUGGUUAACAUCUUGUUCCGCAUAGGCGGUGCUGCAAAGUUGUUGUCGACUUCUAGAUCCAUGGCUCGGUUUAGGCUUGGGCAUUUCACGCGGACGAUCACAGCGGCAAACAACGUUGCUUACCAGUGUGUUUAUCAAGAGGAAGAUGACAAGGGCAACCUAGGGAUUGCUCUCUCUAAAGAUCUUAUGGAUGUCGCUAAGGAUGCACUCAAGGCCAAUAUAAUGACAACCGGGCCUCUUGUCCUACCGGCAUCAGAGCUUCUCAAGAUUUUGUUCUUCUAUGUGGCGAAAAAAGUGCUCCGUUGGAGGACGAUCAGGCCAUACAUCCCUAACUUUUCCGUUGCAUUUGAGCAUUUCUGCAUCCAUGUUGGUGGACCAGCAGUUAUCACCUCAGUACAACAUGGUCUUAAUCUAUCAGACAAGCAUGUUGAGCCAUCAAAGAUGACUCUGCAUCGUUUUGGAAACCAGUCGACCUCAUCGGUGUGGUAUGAGUUAUCAUACAUCGAGGCCAAAGGCUGGAUGAAAAAGGGAAACAGGGUGUGGAUGAUCGGAUUUGGUGCAGGGUACGAGUGCAACACUGUUGGGUGGGUGUGUAUACAACCAUCUUCAGGUAUGGAUGGACCCUGGGUUAGCUGCAUCCAUCAUUACCCGGUGGACGUCUCCAAGAAUGGUUAAAUACAUAGGAGUAAUUUGGUCUACUACUAGAUAAUCAAAUAAUAGGACAACACUAUUGCGUGUCCAAUACAUCUUGUGAGUUUUCCAAAAAUAUGAAAAUUCGUAAAUAUACAAGCGCCUCCAUGUCAAAAUAUAGUGCAUUUAAAUACUUUAGAAUGACUUUAAGGGUAAUGAUUUGACAUUAUAGUUAAAAAAAUCUAAGGAUUUGGCCAUAAAUUAUGAAGUUUGACGCAAGGGAAAACUAAGAUGCACCAUAUUAUGACAUAGAGUAGUAUGAUAUAGUAUGAGAACUUAAGGACAAAUGCCUGACCAAUUGUGAACCUUACAGAACACAAGAGAUCAUGUAUGCAAAAAAAUGAUUUAUCAUGUACUCCCUCCGUCCGGAAAUACUUGUCCGAGGAAUGAAUGUAUCUAGAUGUAUUUUAGUUCUAAAUACAUCCAUUUGUAUCCAUUUCUAUGACAAGUAUUUCUGGACGGAGGGAGUACGUAAAAUUGGCUAUACCAAUCUAUCAUUUCAGGUAACUACACUGACAGUACAUAAAGUUGUCAUGUGGAUUCAGUUUAAUACAACAACUUGCAAAAUGCGACAAACUUCACUUGUGCGAUAUAUUUUUUCCACAUCAUGCCAACGAGGGAUAAUCCCUGCAUGAAAACAACUGGCUCCGGAAUUUUUUGAAAACGACUAGCUCUGGAAAUUUUCAACCCUAACCAUCUUUGGCCCUUCUCUACUUAUCAAGAGCUGGAGGCAUUGCCCAUUGCGCGGUAUAACCAAGAGAGAACGUGGAUAGCAGACCCAACUGUAUGGGCAAUGUAUCCCAUAGAUGAGUGGAUCAGAAAUUCAGUAGUAGAAGUAUGGUUGCAUAGAUGAGCAUCUUACGAGUUGGCAAAUGAAAUUUUAGGUGUUCGGUUGCUGGCUGGUGAUUGUGUUUUGCUCCGAUUAUUAGCAUCAACCAUCUAACGUUGGCUCGCAGACAACUGGAAUGCAACAACGCAAGUAGGACCAGGCAAAGCACGUCAGCAAUAAUGCAAUCAUCUCCAAUAAAGCAUCAUCAAAACCCACAAGUUACCAUGACCAGGCAAGUGUACAUUACUCAGCAAAAGAGCAGCUGAGUUUGAUAUGACGCGCUGCCAAACAUUAAAAAGAAAACAUAGUAAAUCAUUUUUCCCAUUUGACACAUCACCAACCGACAAAUCCCAAC